UGUAUAUAAAGAGCAGGACAGCCUCCUCAUCAUCACUGCAUCACUCACCUCAUACCUGAACAUCAGCUCACAUUUACCUGACAGACAUUCAGACUUCAUCUUCCUUCAUCCUCCUCAUCAUCUUCAUCAUGAAGGCUCUCCUGCUCCUCUCUGUUUUGCUCAGCAGCGUUCUUGCUAUCACAGCUGCAGCAGUGGAAGCUGUUGAAGCUGCACCACAGGAGCUGCACGAGGACAACCAGUUGGGACAAAAUGAAGUUGGAGUUUUUGUUCAUGAAGAGGAAGAGCCUGACAUGUUAUCUGCUGGAGAGGUGGCUUCAUCAGCUCAAGGUCGUUUCUUCACAUGUCCCUCUGGUUGGGUGAGAUACAAGAGCGGCUGCUAUCUGUACGUGAGCUCCGGCAGAUCCUGGAGCAGUGCUGCGGCCUACUGUGCCAGUCUGGGAGCCUCCUUGGCUUCUGUCCAUGAUGUGUUUGAUUACACUUUCCUCCAGGAUCUUACCAAGAGAGCAGGAAGCUCCUACGCCUGGAUGGGAGGAUUCUACUUUCAGGGCUGGAGGUGGGUGGAUCAGAGCUCCUUCAGCUACAGCUACUGGAGCUCACAGUCCUCUGCCAGCAGCUAUCCGUGCAUCUACCUUAAUGCCAGAGCGGGCUGGUCCAAUCAUGGCUGCAGUACUACAUGGCCAUCCAUCUGCAUGAGGAGAGCUGAUAGCUGCUAAACCUGACACCAGGAUACAGCUGU